AAAUAUAAUGACCCAAAAAUUGCAAUCCUCAAAAAUAUAAUCUCCAAAACUGCGGUUUCAACAACCAGCCACUUCCUAAAAUCUUCUCUUCUACUGGUCUGAUUCAAAUGGCUGAUGAGGAGAGAGAUCUAAUUGAGAUCUUGGAAGAGAAUAAGCCAAUAGACACCAACAAAUAUACUCGUUAUGUUCGUUCUCCCAAAUGUGGAGCUAUAGCAACGUUUGAAGGUACAACACGCGACACAUUUGAGGGCAAGGAAGUCUUAGAGUUAAAGUAUGAAGCAUAUGUUCCAAUGGCGAUACGUUGUCUUAAAUCCCUUUGUUCUUCUGCCCGAGCAUCAUGGGAUAUACACUCGAUUGCAGUUGCCCACUGCUUGGGGACUGUUCCUGUCGGAGAGACUAGUGUAUUUGUUGCAAUAUCGUCUGUCCAUCGAGCAGAUGCAUUGGAUGCUUGCAAGUUUCUGAUUGACGAGCUUAAAGCAUCAGUUCCGAUAUGGAAGAAGGAGGUAUAUACAAAUGGAGAAGUGUGGAAAGAGAAUAAAGAGUUUAUAGAGAGGAUCCCUGAUCUUGGGAAGACAUUACAUGAUCAAGCCGGCGCUUGCUCUGGUAAAAAGGAAGUGGAGGCACGUGAGAGAAAGAGUUGCUGUGGGACAAAGGUUAAAGUCAAUGAUGAAACUUCAGAUUCUUGUAGCUAGUUCUGAUGCACGUGUUGUUGUAUUUCAUUCAAACCACUUCAAAACGAAAUCAAAACAAGAGAAAAAGAAAUGGGUAAUUCAUUCUUCUUCUAAUUUCCUUUUCCUCUCUUGCUCUCAUGUGACAGGUUUUUGUUAUGUGUGUAAUACCAACUAUAAGAUGCUCAGAUCAUAACAUACGGCUGUUUACAUACUACAAUGUGCUCUCGUUAAACUCGACAAAUAUUCAUGUAGCUUAGCCAUUC